CCUGCAAAACUCAAUCCCUCAACAGACCCAAGAGGCAAAAAUGACCCACUCGUUUCUUCUCUUAGCUUUCCUCCUCCUAGCCACACCCCACAUCUCAGCUCAACCCCCACCACCAGCACCGCCUCCAUCGCCACCGCUACCGCCACCGUCGCCGGCGUCCCCGCUCCCCGCCGCCGCCCAGGAGUUCCUGGACGCCCACAACGAGGCCAGGACCGAGGUGGGCGUGCCCCCGCUCCGGUGGAGCCCCAACCUGGCGGCCGCCACGAGCCGCCUGGUCCGGUACCAGCGUGACCGGAUGUCGUGCAGCUUCGCCAACCUGACGGCCUCCAGUUUCGGCGGGAACCAGCUGUGGGCCGGCGGGGCGGGCACGGCGCUGGCGCCGCGGGCGGCGGUGGGGGCGUGGGUGAAGGAGAAGAUCUACUACGACCACGCGAGCAACACGUGCGCGGCGGGGCACCAGUGCGGGGUGUACACGCAGGUGGUGUGGAGGAACAGCUCGGAGGUGGGUUGCGCGCAGGCGAGGUGUCUCAAGGAGGCGGCGAGCUUGACCAUCUGCUUCUACAACCCUCCGGGGAACGUCGUCGGAGAGAGGCCUUACUGAGUAGAUCGGUGAUGUGGGUGAGAGAUCUUUGGGAAGAUGGGGAUGAGCUGGUGUUCUAACUUCUUUUGUUAGUGAUCUUGAAGAUGGUCAUUUUGUUUAGAGAUGUUCUCUUCUCAGUUUGAGCAGUAGAAGAAAAGCACUGGUGAUCUUACGCUUCUUGCGAUCUUUUCUUUACAUUUUAAAGAUUAUCCAUGCUGUGCA